AUGGCGACAACUCCCACUGCUGCUUUCAAGGCCCUCAUUGAUGGAGUGACAGAUCUACCCAGAGACCCCAUCCCCAGUGAACUCCUUAUUAGAGAGUCUACCUUCCCCAUGAUGGUGAAUGACAAGGGUCAGGUGCUCACUGCCGCCGCCUCCUACAGCCAAGGCUGCCUCGUGGUUGUGUCCCAUGAGAGCUACCUGUUGCAUGCUGGCUUGGCUCUAUAUCUCCUCAACACAGUGAGCUGGCUCUGUCCUUGUUCUGGGGAUCCCGUAGGAGCGUACCCAUCCUUGGCACCACUAGUAAAUAUCCUGCAGGACUGUGGUGUUGAGGCACAGAUUGAGCCAGAACCAGGAGAGCUGGGGGUUUACUGCAUCAGUGCCUUCAAUGACACCAUGACUGCAAUGCUGAUCUAGUUGGUACAUGGAGGGGGCUUGCUUAUCGGGGGCCAGGCCUGGUACUGGGUCAGCAAACUUGGCCAUGACAAGGUGCUGUGCAGGUUCCCUGGGAACAAAGUGACAAGUGUGGUUGGAGUGUACUUCCCCGACACCUGUGGGGACAGAGAGCGCUUCAAGGUCUCCAAGAAGAUUCCCAAGAUCCCACUCUACGUCAGGUGA